AUGAUCGAGUCACUAAUUAGCAUAGCCUUCUGUCUCUCCAGCGUGCUCACGGUGUUGAUCCUUCUACUUCCUUCGCAAUAUGAACCACAGCAACCAGCGUCUUCAGGCGCCAAUAGGACCACAAAACCGACUGUUCAAAUACUCGUUCUUGGGGAUAUCGGUCGCAGUCCACAAUCUGAUCCCCAUCCUGAUAUUACCUCCAACCCCAAUAUUACCAUUGUACCACUUCGCCCACACCCAGCCAUGCUACAAACUAGUAACAAAUUUCUGUUCACAAUCUACGGGCCAUUGAAAGUACUUUUCCAAGUGUUUUGUCUAUGGCAAUGUCUUGCAUACACUACAAAACCGGCUAAGUGGCUUUUAGUUCAGAACCCACCAUCCAUUCCUACACUCGCAAUCGCUUCCAUCACCUGCUUCCUGCGCCAAACAAAGCUUGUCAUUGACUGGCACAAUUUCGGAUACUCCAUACUCGCUCUAAAACUUGGCCAAAACCACCCAUUGGUGAAACUAUCGACCUGGUAUGAGAAAGUCUUCUGCAAAUCUGCCUCGGCCCAUCUAUGUGUGACAGAUGCUAUGAAGUAUUUCCUCAAGAAGGAAUUUGAGUUACAACACCCCAUUUUGCCUUUACAUGACCGCCCUGCAAGCCACUUCAGUCCCAUACUUGACUCAAGUGUACGGACCGAGUUCCUUGCAAAUUUACCGGAAACCAGGGAAGUUCGCUCCUUUCUAAAUGCAGGAACUCUCCGUGUUCUUGUCAGUUCUACUUCCUGGACUGCGGAUGAAGAUUUCUCCGUCCUCAUAGAUGCUCUUCUCAGGUACUCUGAACUGGCCACUACGACUCAACCUCAUCUCCCUGAGGUCUUGGCCAUUAUUACAGGCAAGGGUCCACAGAAAGAUAUGUAUUUGGAACAAAUUGCCUUAUUAGAGAAAUCUGGCAAACUUCAAAAGGUCACUAUUCGAACUGCAUGGCUGAGCGUGCCGGACUAUGCAAAGUUGCUGGCGUCUGCGUCUUUGGGUGUCAGUUUACAUACCAGCAGCAGUGGAGUGGAUCUCCCAAUGAAGGUCGUAGAUAUGUUUGGCGCUGGUCUUCCGGUCGUCGGGUGGGACCGUUUCAAGGCGUGGCCUGAAUUGGUGACGGAGGGUGUCAAUGGACUUGGCUUUGGUAGCUCUGAAGAGUUGGCCGAGCAUUUGAUCGAAUUGUUCGGAAACAGCAGCAGGCUGGAGACUCUUCGUCAAGGCGCACAGAAAGAAAGUUCUCGAUGUUGGGACGAUGAAUGGGAUCCCAUUGCGGCUCCUCUUCUUGGUUUAACGUAG